GCAGGAACAGGCAGCAGGAACAGGAACAGGCAGCAUCAUGUGUCUACCAACGAAUGUCGGCGGCCUGGCCAUUCAGAGCGUUGCCACCGCGAUUGGCAACCUGCUGUGCUUCAACUUCGGGCUGAUGUUUGGCAUUACACCGGCUCACAUGGCCCUCUAUGAAUCGGAGACACAAACGCCGCUAAACAAAGCCACAGAUGCAACGGGCACCGCCUGGCUAACGGGCUAUCUGUUCCUCAGUGCGGCCAUUGGAGCGCUGGUUUCCGGUGUGCUGGCGCUGCGCAUCGGACCCAAAUCCGUGCUGCUCUGGGCGGGCAUGCUGCAGAUUUUUGGCUGGUUCUGCAUACACUUCGGCUUUGAUAUUGUGCACAUUUAUGCCUCGCGAAUGUUCGCCGGUGUGGCAGCUGGCGGCGCUUUCGUCGUGCUGCCCAUCUUCAUUAACGAAAUCUCGGAAACGCGCGAGAAGGCGGCACGGCUCACCUUCACCAUCGAACUGUGGCGCACCACGGGCAUACUGCUGGGCCUGCUGCUGGGCAUCUAUGUGCCCUACGAUCUGGUCAACAUUGUCGGCUGUGCGGUGUCCUUUGUGUUCACGAUGACCUUCCCCUUUGUGCAGGAGAGUCCGCACUUCUAUAUGCGCAACGAGAAUGUGGCCUGCCUGGAGAAGUCGCUGCGCUGGUAUCGCGGCAUACGCGACAUUGACGAUCGCGAAAAGCCCGCGUAUCUGCAGGAGCUGCAGGAAUUCAAGGCGGAGAUGCGUUGCCUGGACAAGAACAUUGGCUCGGCGCCCAUGUCCCAGAGCUACAUUGUCCGGCUGACCUUUGUCAGUCUGCUGCUCACCGUUUGCGCCAAGCUGAGCGGCGUCUUUGUGGAGCUCAACUAUGCCUCCGAUUUCCUGGGACGCACCGGCUACUCCAUGGACACGAACUACAUUGUGCUGGCCGCAGCUCAGUGUGUGGGCGCCAUUCUGGCACGGUUCUUCGGGCCUCGUUUGCCGCGCAAGCUGCUGCUUUGCCUCUCCUCGCUGAUGUCGGCAGCGGCGGUUAUUGCCUUGGCCCUGUUCAAGCAGUACGGCCUGCACUGGCACUCGGGCAACGUCUGGUGUGAGCGCUAUCUGCCCAUUUUCCUGCUGGCCAUUCAGCUACUGUUCGUCAGCUUCGGCCUCUAUCCACUGGCGGCGGUUGUCAGCAGCGAAGUGCUGCCCACAAAGCUGCAUGAUGUGCUCUACUCGGUGGCCUCCGCCUUCGCCUGGCUGCUGCUUUUCGGCAUGAUUGAGGCAUUCAAUGCGGUCAAGACCUCAAUUGCCCCUGGGCUGGUGCUCUAUCUGUGGGUAUUCGCCGGCGCUUCCAUAUUUGUGGGUUUAAUAUCGUUGCCCCUGCUGCCCGAGACGCGCCAUCGACGUGCAUCGGCCGUGCAACGUGAACUGGGCUAUGUGGACGAUGGGGGCGUGGCCAAGGGUUCGGGCGUAACCAAUGGCCACAUUUCCACGCACAUUUAAGGACACCACCCCCACCCCACCCUACGAUAGUAUGUAUUAAUAAUAAAAAAUAUGUGUAGAUUAAUUACGAAUUAUACAAAA